UAAAGAACACAAAAGAACAAAAUGGUGGAAAUAAGCAAACCGUUAUUCGCGCAGGCGUGCCAGAAUUUGGACUGCCAUGUUCUACUUCAUCCCUGGCAUGAGAGUUGUAUAAAAUCUAUGCCUCAUACAUACAUCCAUUCAUUCAUAGGAAGCGCCAAAUUUUACUCAAUAAUUUAUGUAGCGCAAAUUCUAAUGAAAGGUAAAAAACUGAAGAAAAAAGAGGAAUGGCUCAAAAUGGGGGAGUAUUACGCCAGAUCCGCGGUCCUUGGGGGUGCUAUCUGCGCUACCUGUUGCACUUUUGGUUGCAUUUUGAGGAAAAUGUUGGGCAAUAAGUUCUACUACUAUUCGCUAUUCCUUAUACCUAGUACAAUAAAUGGUAUAUUUAUAUACGUGGAACCACCAAGCAGAAGAGGUCUGAUAAUCAAUUUAUUUACCAGCUUGAUGUUAGAAUACUGGAUUACUACUAUGGAGAGAGCUGGUUACUUAUCUAUGACUAAAACGAAACAAACAAUCAUGUUUAUGCUUGGCAGCGCGGUCCUUUUCUAUCUAAUGCGCUUAGAGGGUGAUAAAAAGGAACGGACGCCACUAUUUUGGUUAUUUACGCCCGAAAAAGUCAAACAGAAGACAAAUGAUGUUGAAAACCCCUGCCCACACAACGGGCCGUGUUUGCGAUAUAUCUUAAAGGGUGCUGCCACGUACUUUGGUGUAGGAUCAGCGUUUACCCUAGCGAGGGUCAUCCUGCCUAAGAUCGGAUCCCCCGCCAGAGCCUUCGCUUCAGUUCAGCGCAAGCAUUUCAAAAUGGGCCUAUUUUUCGGUUCAUAUAUCGGUAUUUACAGAGCUGUUAUAUGCUACCUGUGCCGUAAAGAGGGCGCUGACUCGGCGUUGUAUGCGCUGCCGGCAGGAUACCUUGCUGGAUUAUCGUUCCUAUUCAGUCCAACCUUGGGGUUUGCGACUGCAUCAAUCACAGCGGCAUUGAAACUGUACUCGACAAUUCUCUACGAGAAGAAAAUACUACCGACCAACGUCCCCCUAGCAGAGCUGAUGUACUGCCUCUGUCAGGGAACCCUGUUCCACGCCCGGUUCAUGCAUCCGGAGACUGUCCCUAGCUACAUGUUCAAGCUCACGGAUGGUGUUAGCCAUGGAAGAACUGCAUUACUAUCGGACAAUCUUCAAGCAGUAGCAAAAAUGGCAUUAUCGUUAUAAUCACGGCAACUAAAAAAUGUGGUGGUCAAAUCUAAAUAAUUAUAAUCAAGAAUGAUUUGGUGAUGGUUAAGUGGACAUUGGUGGACAUGGCGAUUAUUUAAA